CGCGAAAACCUCUGUUUAGCAAAGAACGACGAUUAAGUUGGACGUAAGUCAAAAGUGAUCAAAAUACUAAAGUAUAUCGACAGUUUUAAACAAUCGGCAUCCUUAGCAUCAUAUUUAGGCAGUGGAAGAGAAUUCAAGUGCACCGGAUUCGACCCACUUUUGUGGAGAUACCUCAAGCUGCCAGUUCUAUCCCCCAGCCUUUUAGUGUCAAUUUAUGAACUAGUUAGCUUAGUCAACUGUAACCAUUAGCAUUACAACUGAUAUUUAGAUGACGUUACUCAGCAACUAACCGUGCAGGUUAUAGAUUGUAUACAACAUUUGUUUUAACUUUCACUGUUAAAACAAGAGUUUUAAUGUUUACUCUGUUCAAAUUCAUUGAACACCACAUACUAAGAACAAAGCUUUUACCAGCAUUACAGACAGCUUUGUAUCACAUUUAUUGACUUAAGUGCUAUUUAAGCCAUGGAAAGCUCUAUGUAAGAAAGUAUCUGUCACUGACUGGGGUGGGGAUCGGUGAGUCGUGGCCAUGCUGUCCGGAGUCCAGCCGUGUUUCCAGCUGCUGAGAAUCGGCUCGUCCUCCACAGAUUCGGCUCAGGACCUGUACACGUUCCGGCCGGCGCUGACUCACUCAGUGUUUCGGCUGGGCCGUGCGGCAGAGCUGUGUGAUGUCACCCUGGACUCUACGUCUGUGUCCCGGAUCCAUGCCGAGCUGCAUGCUGAGAGGGAGGUGGAGGGGGCGGCCGAGGGGGGCUGGAAGGUGCAGCUAAAGGACCGGAGCAGCCAUGGUACUUGGGUGAAUGAGGUCCGUCUGCAGCCAAGUGUCCAAUGGGAGCUCUCAGAUGGUGACACACUCACCUUCGGCUGCCAAUCAGAGCGAGGGAGCCCAGAGUUCUACUUUCUCUUCCAGAAGGUUAGCGUGCGGCCGUUGGACUUUGACGCCAUCACCAUCCCCAAGGCCGGCACCUUCUCCUCCGACCUGAAGAACCGAAUCAGAACGAGCCUGGACCGCAAGGCGGUGGCCAACUUGGAUCUCUCCACUUGGUCAAUCAACAGGGCGACUGUCAUUCUGAAUUCCAUUGGAAGCCUGAGCAAGAUCAAUGGGAGUCCUUGGACAUUUAAGAGGAGUGACGGCAAUAUCACAGACCCAAACUCCACCUCCCCGCCUUUUACAUCCUUGGUCCCGCCCUCCACCCCUCCUCCCUUUCCACCCACUACCUCUGUGGUCUCAUCCAAGUCGCUCCCGGCGUCAUCCAAGAGCAGGCGCAAGUCAGCCCACACUGUACUUCUGGAGGAUGACAGCUCGGACGAGGCCAGGAACCACCGAAGCGUGAAGGACGGCCAGAGAGGGACGAAGAGAAGACGCCUCUACAAGUCAGAGUCUGAGGGUUUCCACGCUUCUUUAGCCAAAACGGACCAGGAUGUACGACGCCAGUUUGAACUGAAGCCUGUGCCUAAACCGAUUGCAAACUGUCACGCAAUCGUCGCUAACGGCAAACUCAACCACGUAUCCUUCAACAUCAAUCAGAGGCGGGAGAUCGACCCAAACCAUCAAAGGACUGGCCCAAAUAUGAACGUCUCUGUGUUUCGACAGCAGAAUAUUUUUCCGCCGCCAUCUUCUGGGCGGGGAAGGCGACGGGCUCACAGCUCCCCAGUGUACUCCCCUAUGGUGGUGGGAGGAGAGAGCUACUCGCUGGUGUCCCCGUCCCUUAGGAUCUGCAAAGAGGAGAGAGGACGGCCAGGGCAGUUUGCCAGAUUUCAUGUCACGGCUGGCAAGCGGCGGGGCCGACCAAGGAAGCACCCUCCUCCGCGGCCCUCCCUUCCCCCUCCUUCCUCUUCCUCAUCUUCCUCCACAUCCUCCUCGUCCUCCUCUUCGAGCUCCUCCUCGUCCUCCUCAGAAGACGAAGAGGAGGGGGUAGUAUCCCAGGGGGUGGAGCCGUGUGCCGCGCCAAACUGCCGCCUGCCCCAGCAGGACACGGUGCAGUGGGUCCAGUGUGACGACUGCGACGCCUGGUACCACCUGGACUGCCUGCACUGCGACCGCAAGAACCUCCUGCUGGACCCCAACGCAGACUUCCACUGUGGCUGCUGCUGAUACAGCAGGAGUGGGUCACAGCCCCUAAACUAGAACACACUUAAAUGCCUUAAUCAUACCACAGUGAAUUUGGGGCUUGUUUACGGAGAAAGAUAAGAAAGACGAUUGUUGUAUAAUGGGGAUUGUAUGAUUUUUAAAGUAGAUGUUGUACAGUGUUUGUGGAGGUUUUUAGUCGCGACUGAGGCUGUCAUGGACAGUGGGGUGGGUCUCAUCUACGGGAUAGUUAGAGGCUGUCAUGGACAGUGGGGUGGGUCUCAUCUACGGGAUAGUUAGAGGCUGUCCUAAACUGACAUUUUUCAAAGUGUUCAUCCACGCUCGCUCUGUUGCGCAGCUGUUUGACGAAGAGUGAAAGCUAGGACUCGGGUUAGCAGUGGAAACCCCGGGGACUGAAAUGAACUGUUGGAACUAUUUCAGCUACACAAGGGCUACUCUCUGGUGUACAGUAUAAGCCUGGAAACAAGUACAUGUACAGUGACAGACAGCAGGUUUAUAAAUUCAUGUGCUAAGUACUUCGAUAUCGGGUUGUGAAUAACCUGCUGUUGAUUGGGGCUAAUGGAGGUGGUAUUGGAGAAUUCACCGAAUUCAUAUCUGCAGUAACAUAAUAUGCAUUGCAAUACUCAUCACACAAAAAAAUGAAUCGAGCAAGGAUUUGCUUAGUUUGGUUCUAUCCCGUUGAGUAAAGAUGUUUACGCAAGGAGGAGCAUGGGUUUUCUGUGUUCCUACUGUCUUUAGUAGUUGUUUUAAUCUUCUAUAAAAGGCUGUUUUGAUAUUUGAGAAUUCAGAUCUAUGACAUGCUGACUUGUUUUUUUGUCUUCUGAUUAACAUAAGCUGAUGACUUUGAUUUACGUCUCUAACCGUAUGCAACAGUAUGUACCGUAUGCAUGUCUGUCCAUAACACACAUAGAUUUAGAGAAACUCCACCCAGAAACUAUUUUGGUAUUUGUUCCAUUUUUGACAUAAUCUCAAAAUGUUUUGCUUGUCAGCAAUCACGUUUUCAAGAUAUGUAACUUUUAAAUGACAGAUCAUCCCCAUAUGAUGCAUUUAGCAUCGUAUGAUACCAAUUUUUCCAAAAUGAAUCAUACAGGGAUGAUUUUGGAAUCUUUAUUCAACAAGGCAAGUCAGUUAAGAACAAGUUCUUAUUUACAACGACAGAUCAGGCGCAGAAUGACCUUGUUCAGCUUGGGGAUUUGAUCCAGCAACCUUUCAGUUACUGGCCCAACGCUCUAACCACUAGGCUACCUGCCACCCCUUGAUUGCUGACCAGCAAAACAUGUCAACAAUGGACUAAUGAAACAAAUACCAGAAGAUUUGUGGGUGGAGUUUACCUUCAUCAAGUUGUAGAGGAGGCAUGACCAACACUCUUGUGGAGCUACCCUUGUGCAGGGUUUUGUUCAAGCCCUAUAACUCACCUGAUUGUAGUAAUCAGUUGCUCCUUAGGACCUUGAUCUGCUGAAACAGGUGAGAUGUAAUAGGGCUGGAGCAAAAGCCUGCUCACCCAUUUGAUCUCCAGGAGUAGGGUUUGCUCCACCAGAUGUAUAACAACAGUCUUCACUUUAAUGAUUAGAAGAUCAGCUCGUAAGGGCACGUCCCAGUUGGAUGUCUUAUUGGUAUUUGUCUUGAAAGUUACCA